UUUACAAAAUGUUUUUAGAAAAACAUACGAAUUUUGACUACCCAAAACCCUAGCUUCGUCUUCUUGUUCACCUUCUCUCUCUAAAUUCAGCCACCACACCACCCUUUUCUUUUUCACUCUGUCCAUCUCCGCCGACGAACGGCCACCUCGACGUGUCCUCCCGCGGCGGCGACAGACCCUCGGCCCCUGUGCGAACUUCUCUGCAACAGCGAUUCACGGCGGCGCUUCAAGCACUGCGGCCGACGAUUCCCUUCUAGCAAAUCCAUCAACUCCGUUCGAUCAGAGCUGUGUGGUGUUUUAUUUACUAUUUAAUAAUUUUGCAUGCUAGAUUAUGUCAAAGCUGAUGUAAUAAGGUGCCCUGUUUAUUAGGAAUCGAGUCUUUUGAGGAUAUUUGUAUAUUACUGAUGGCUGCUUCAUCAUCCCUUCUGACAUACUCAUUGCAAGGUCAUGUGUCCACUCCAAACACAAUAAAAUUCCGUGAAGGAUUUAUGUAUGGUAACUUAUACUCAUCCACCAACUCCAAGUACCUGACAAAUCCCAAGUUCUUACAUAAUCGGAAUUCUUCAAAAUUGGAAAAUUUUGACAAGUCUUCAGUAAGGAAUGAAAUCCUGUGCCGAGCCUUGGAAAUUGAGAAUUCAAUUUCUCCUGUACUAGUAAGCAAAAAGUUUGAGCUUGAUGAUGUGAUUGAAGCUCAACAAUUCGAUAGAGAGACUCUCAAUUAUAUAUUUGAUGUUGCACUUGACAUGGAGAAGAUUGAAAAGGGUUCAUCUAAAAGCCAAAUGCUGAAGGGAUAUCUGAUGGCUACUCUUUUCUAUGAGCCCUCUACUAGAACCAGGCUUUCUUUUGAAUCUGCCAUGAAAAGGUUAGGUGGGGAGGUGUUGACUACUGAAAAUGCACGGGAGUUUUCUUCAGCAGCUAAAGGAGAGACCCUUGAAGAUACUAUCAGAACUGUUGAGGGCUACUCGGAUAUAAUUGUGAUGCGACAUUUUGAAAGUGGCGCUGCUAGGAAGGCUGCAGCAACCGCUAGCAUUCCUAUUAUUAAUGCUGGUGAUGGUCCUGGACAACAUCCAACUCAGGCUCUUUUAGAUGUUUAUACCAUUCAGAGAGAGAUAGGAAAACUGGAUGGAAUUAAAGUUGGGCUUGUAGGAGAUCUUGCUAAUGGGAGAACUGUACGGUCACUUGCAUAUCUGCUCGCCAAGUAUCAAGAUGUGAAAAUAUACUUUGUCUCUCCAGAUGUUGUAAAAAUGAAGGAUGAUAUAAAAGACUAUUUGACAUCACAAGGAGUGAAAUGGGAAGAAUGUGACAACUUGAUGGAAGUUGCGUCGGAGUGUGAUGUGGUAUAUCAAACUCGUAUUCAGCAGGAAAGAUUUGGAGAGAGGAUCGAUCUUUAUGAACAAGCUAGAGGGAAGUACAUUGUGGAUACGAAUGUGUUAAAAGUGAUGCAGAAAAAGGCUGUGGUCAUGCACCCUCUGCCAAGGCUUGAUGAGAUCACUGUUGAUGUAGAUACCGAUCCGAGGGCUGCCUACUUCCGACAAGCAAAGAAUGGUCUCUAUAUUCGGAUGGCCCUCGUGAAACUCUUGCUACUUGGUUGGUGAAGAAUGCCAUCUCUCUAAAUUUUCAUUACUAUAGCUGUAACCCCCUUUUGCUAGGAAAAUGAGUCUUUUUUUUUUCUUUUUUCGGUUUAAGAAUAGGCAUUUAACAUUGCCAUUUCUGUGUUUAGGGGGUCCAAUUCAUCAUUCCUUUGUGGAAAGUCAUGAUGACUUAAUAAUUUCUAAUUUCAAGUCUGUGUUUCUAUUUAGACUUGAACCUCAUGUGUGAUGGCAUCUUUUUACCAAUCUCCUUGGCUUAGAACAAGCUGUUUUA